UAUAGAGUCCACCCUUCUCCAGUUUAAACUUCCAUAACCUCUUUAUCAGUUCAAAACCCUUUCACCUACUUACUCUUUAAAUCCCCUUUUUCUUUGUCUUUACAGGUCAUUAUCAUCAUUCACAGUCUUCUCAGAUCAAGCCUCUGAUGUCUUUGGAUCAUUAUCCAAUCCUCACCGACAGACGUUUUCAACCCAGCGAGUCUCGCUCCUCUUACCAGUUACAUGACUCUAUUUCACUCCCUCUACCUCAAUGGAACUACUCAUCCAGGUCACAAAAUGAAAUCACUCAGGAUUAUUCCUCUAAUUCUUCCACGUGGAACGUCAAUUUACUCAAUCAUAAUUGGUCUAGCGAACCAUUACCUUCAUCCUCUCCCCUUCCCUCCUCCUCAUCAUAUUCAUGCCCACCUAUCAAUCUACGCCACUCCGGUUCCGGCACUUAUUCUCACCAGUCUCCCUAUCCCGAACCCUCACAGCGUCACUCCUCCCAAUCCCUAUCAGCCGGCUUAUCCUCUCCAUCAUUUGACCGUACAGCACAACACCGUUCCCCAUCAGCAGCUAGCACCUUCAAAUUCGACGAUGCUUCCUGGGGUUCAACUCUGUACACCAUGGACGAUAGAAGUACUCAUUCCCAUUCUCAUUCCCUACCACCUACUGUCACUAGCACAUCUCCUUCUGUACGCGCUUCGUCUAGAGCCUCUUCCUCCAGGUCAUCCCCCGUAAAGCUCGAACAAGACGAUGUUUCAGGUGCCGACUGCUUUGUCAUGGAAUUUGCUACCUCUGUCCCAGCUGCCCAAGACAGCACCUCCUUGGCACCCCCAACCGAAGUGCCCUUGCGCGCUACACAAGCAAGCAAAGCAAUGCGCAAAAUGAUGGGCGUAUUCCGCCUCAAUCCGUUCUCAAUGCAUGAGGGUGGUGGUCAGGCAAUGAGUACCUGGAUGGGCGAGGAUGCAGGCCCUUUGGACGAAGAACCUCAGAUUUUUGAGUUUCAACUCGACGUUGGAUAUCACGAGUCUGAUGAAGAGGACGACGAACAAGCACCUUCCCACCUUCAGACUCUCGUCGAGGUCCCAGAACCUGAGCUAGACGUAAACACGAGGUGGGCGGAGGGCGACAACACAGAACUCACUUAUUCCUCGGUCUCCCAUACAAGCUGGGCCACCAACGAGCCACCGUGUCCUUCGUAUACAUUGCCUUCCCUUAGGUCAUAUAAUUCGCACCCUCACUCCCCUUCAUUGUCUUCCGCUUCGUCUCGUAAAACGCCUCUGGAUAUGUCUGCGUCAGAGUACACCAGCGCGUAUACACUGCACGGCUCUGGCAGCUGCGGUUCUUCCACGGAUAACCUUCCGUCACUCUCGUCUAUGGCACGGCGUUGGUCCAUUCCCGCAAAUCUUCAAGCACCAUUCAUGAUAUAAAUAUACUCGCGUGCAUUACAUCACAUUAAAUCAAAGGGCCGACGGGCUCGUAGCGCUCUCCAACUCUUGGGUGAUUUCAUUCACCGUUGUCACUCUCGCUAGGUAUACUGCCGAUCUAUUUCGAGGGUUGCUGAAGUGAUCGAUCCCUACUUUUUUACUUUGCUGUUGCAUUUUUCUUGUUCUUGAUCAUCCUUAUUCAAUUGUCUUGGGUCGUUCUUCGCUCACGGACAGAACUCAAAUCAACUUUCUGGCAGG